GACAAGGGGUAAUAUCGUAACUCACUGUUUCUGUCCACAGUGUUUUUGUUUAUAUGUGGUACCUUUAUGGAAAUGUAAUAUUUUUUUUCAGUAAUAGUACAGACACAUUGGACUGAUUAAAAAGUUGCAGUUGUGAUGGAAAUGAGCACAUAGUUGGAAGAGAAAAAUAAUUUGUGGAAUGUCCAAAGAGUAGAGCUACACCCCUGACUGACACAACUUUCAACCAUGAGAGACAACUUCUUCAACUAAGGAGCCCAAUCAAACAUGAGAGACAACUUCUUCAACUAAGGAGUCCAAUCAAACAUGAGCGACAACUUCUUCAACUAAAGAGGCUCAUCACAGUAUUUGAGAACGAUUUCCGUGAUGGGUCAGCGACUGAGCGAGGUCAGUGAUUCAGACCAAGAAAUUGAUGUUGCAGAGCUGCAGGACUGGUAUAAGAAGUUUGUGGUGGAGUGCCCAAGUGGAACACUCUUCAUGCACGAGUUCAAGAGCUUCUUCGGUGUUACUAACAACAAGGAGGCGGCCGAUUAUAUUGAGAAUAUGUUUCGCGCAUUUGACAAGAACGGAGACAAUACAAUUGAUUUUCUAGAGUAUGUUGCAGCCUUGAACCUGGUCUUGAGGGGCAAGUUGGAACAUAAACUGAAAUGGACUUUCAAAAUGUACGACAAAGAUGGAAGUGGCUGCAUUGACAAGACAGAGCUGCUGGAGAUUGUAGAGUCCAUCUACAGACUGAAGAAAGCCUGUCAUGAAGAACUGGAUGCAGAGUGUAACCUCCUGACCCCAGAUCAAGUGGUCGACAGAAUAUUUGAACUGGUUGAUGAAAAUGGAGAUGGGGAGUUGUCUCUGGAUGAGUUCAUUGACGGGGCCAGGAGGGACAAGUGGGUGAUGAAGAUGCUGCAGAUGGACGUCAAUCCUGGGGACUGGAUCAGUGAACGGCGAUGCAAGAGCUCUGGAGCGAGCUCUGAAGCUGAACCUCUGUAAUAAGUUUAUAGACUUCUUUCGAUCAAAAUUUGAAUCCAUCUACCAGCAGCUUCAGCUAUCCUGUGCCCUGCCCCUGUGCCCAGGUGGUGGCUGACACUACCACCAUACCCAUGGGGAUUAUGGACUCUUAUGCAGAGGGGGCAACCGUUGCUGUAAUACCCUCUCUCCCCACAACCUGCACACCACACACCAUAACUUGUUGCUUCUUUUAUAACUUUCUUUGUUUUCUCUUUUGAAAUCCCUAAUGUGUACAUAUCUGAGUGUUUCUGUUCCCAUUGAUGGUUAUGUGUGUGUUCUACUGCCCAUGAUUUCAUUUUGUAUGUGCAGUGUAAAGUAAAAGUGACCAGUUUUCUCCAUCUCUAUAUGGUUGAAAGACAACAUGUAGUGGCAGAUCGUAAAGUUUAUUUUGCAAUUAUGUUUUGCUAGGGAAAAAUGUCAAUGGUUAGAGCUGACAAUAAUAUAGUAUUCCGGUAGCAGACUUGGUUGUUACAUAUCUGGCACAAUUUUUGCAUUUAUAGAACAACUCUUUUUGUGUAUGUUGAACAGUAAAUGUGUAUGAAGAUGUAUAAUAAACACACCAAUGUUGACCUA